CUCUCCGUCUUCUACUCCAUUACUUUUCCCGCCUCUCGCCGUCUAAACAAUCAUACUCAUCCCACGACAUACAUAUCCUCCCAUCUACGACUUCAUCCUCCUACAUUACAAAUAAACUAGUCCACCAUUUGGACAUAUAUCCACAUAUACAUAUCCAACCAUGGCCGCCCCCUCACGCACCCACCUCCUCUCCCUCUACCGGCACCUCCUCCGCGAACUCCCCGUCCGCCAACCCAGCACCACCACGACGACCGCACAAACCCCCGCCCGCUCGCGCCUCUCGUCCCCCUCGGCGCUGCAAACCCGCAUCCGCGCCGCCUUCGCCUCCCAACUCGCACAACCCGCUCAGAACGACACUCAAACCCAAAACCAAAACCAAACGCAAAAGCAUAGCCAGAAUCAGAAUCAGAGGCAGAGGCAGAGCAGCCACGCAGCACUAGCGCAAGCCCAGCUCGCGGAGCAAUUCGUAAAGUACGUGGCGGCGCAGAGGCAGUACGUGACGCUGGUGGAGCGGUAUAAUCCGGGGCUGGGGAUGAGCGAGGAGGAUCGGGUGCGGUUGACGGCGAGGCGGGUGGGGAUGGAUAUGCCCGAGGAGUGGUAUGGGAAGAAGUAGUGGGGAUGCGGGUG